ACAAUCUGAAUCGGACGUCUAUUUAUAUACAAUCUGAAUCGGAUUGGACGACCUUAUGCCGAGCCCAAUUGAAUCUUUGCAGGGCACGGGUCUUGUUUGUUAGGUAAGAAGAGGUAUUCGCAAAGCAAUACAAACACAGCUGAUGAGAGUGAGUUGAGAGCGAGUUCACCGCCAACUCAAAUGUUGAGAACCAUCUCAGCUCACAUUCGAGCUCCUCUCAGAUCUCUCCCUCAAACCCUAACCUACUUGCCCCAACCCUCCUUCUCUUCAACCCCAUUUACAACUCACUCACCAUUCAAACUUCCCAUCGACCCAUCACACUCAUCAUCAUCAACAACCCCUUCAUUCCCCUCAAUUUCAACUCUCUCUCUCUCUUCGCCAUUCUCGCAUUCACCUCUGCUACAGAGGCAUGAAGUUUCGCGCGCCGACGACUGCAACAACAGAGACCCCACUAGCCCUCCGAGGCUGUUCGUGGUCCAGCCGCGUCUUCGGCCUCAACCCUUCUUGCAGGCCAAGCUCGACGAAGCUCUUAGCCUCGCCAAUUCGCUCGAAGAACAGCGCGAUGGGUUCUUCGAUACCGAACUUUGGGACAAAGAGUUGCCUCCGCAUGUUGUUGUUCAAAACCCUGCUGCCCGAUCGCGUCAUUCAGACACAUAUUUUGGACCAGGGACAGUGGAAACGGUUAAGUGUCAUCUAAAUGCUGUGGAAUCAAAGGGUGAAGUUGAUGCUGUAUUUGUGAAUGCCAUUCUUACUGGGAUUCAACAACGGAAUUUGGAGCGGAAAUGGGGAAAACCUGUUUUGGAUCGUGUGGGCCUCAUAAUAGAAAUAUUUAAUGCGCAUGCCUAUACAAAGGAAGGAAAGCUGCAGGCUGAGUUAGCUGCUUUAAUGUAUAAGAGGACUAGGCUAGUCCGUGUACGUGGUCCUGAUGGGCGCUAUACUUUUGGUUCCACUGGAGAAGCUGAAGUUGUUAGUGCCCGAGGGAGAGGAAGUGGAGGACGCGGUUUCAUUAGUGGAGCUGGUGAAACUGAACUUCAGCUACAACGACGAAGAAUUUUAGAACGGCGAAAACAGUUAUUAUCUGAAAUACAAGAGGUCCGCCGUACCCGAGCUUUGCAACGUGCUGCUCGCAAGAGGCAUGGAGGUGACAAUGGUCAAGACAUGGUUACAGUUGCUGUCGUUGGGUACACAAAUGCUGGGAAAUCAACAUUAGUUAGUACACUCUCAAACAGCGAUUUGUAUAGUGAUGAUCGAUUGUUUGCUACAGUUGAUCCAAAAUUAAGAAGUGUUAUUCUUCCAUCGGGGAGAAAAGUGCUUUUUAGUGAUACAGUGGGGUUUAUUUCAGAUUUGCCUGUGCAGUUGGUGGAAGCAUUUCAUGCAACCUUGGAAGAAGUGGUGGAAGCUGACCUCCUUGUGCAUGUAUUGGACUCCAGUGCACCUAAUCUUGAUGAGCAUCGGGAAACUGUAUUGCAAGUUCUUAAGCAGAUUGGAGUAUCUGACGAGAAACUUCAGAAUAUGAUUGAAGUUUGGAAUAAGAUAGAUCUCCAAGAAGAGAUGGGUGCUGAUGAUGAUGAAAUCAGCAGUUUCUCUGGUGUAGAAGAAGUCAAUGAUGUAGAAGAAUAUAAGCUAUCGUCUGGAGAACCCAUUGAUGAUUGUGAUGACAAUAGCAAAGAGAUUGUAUCUGAGUUGUCAUUAGGAGGUCAUGAGGAGAGCAUUGAUGACCAACAAAGCGAUUACUCUGAUGGCUGGCUCUUAUCAGGAGAUGAGAGAGAGACUUCAAAUGAGAAGAUGGGAUGGGAAAAAACUCCCAAUGACCAACAUACUAUGUUGUGUGAAGACUGGAGGAAGACUGAACAAAAUUCGCAUUCUCAAUCGCAAUAUGGUCCACAUGUCAAAGUAUCUGCUGUAAUGGGAGUUGGGUUGCAAGAGUUGCUAGAGCUCAUUGAUGCAAAGCUAAAGUCUCAGAAUGUAGUGGAGAAGAAUAUAGUUGAUCGCAAAUGGAGGCCUCCUCGUACAGAGGAUGUAGGCAUAGCAGUUGAACAGUAGUUUUACUUCUAUUCUCUUUCAUGCAUUGGUUUGUAUAGCGUGUUUGAAGGCAUACUGCGAAAAUAAUCAACAAUGUAAAGCAGCUCUCUGCCUCGGUCUCAACUUUGUUGCCAGGUAGUGCCUGCUCUGGAAGUUGGAAAGCAGAAAGUUUCUUGAAGGAGCAUAAAAACUUGUAAUCUCAGAAGUGAGCAUAUCAAUUUUCUCAUUUGUUGAUUCAGUAUUCACAGAAUUUUUGUUUCCAAGAGGAAAUGAAUAGUGAAUAAUGAACAUCAUCUAGAAACAGAAUUUUUAUGUCGCAUACAAACAGAAUUGUAAUAUUUUAAUGACUGAGAGAGAGAAUUAGAAUUUUAUAGUAUCAGGUCAGCAUACUAAAAUAUUGGUAUAAUACGCAAUGCCAGAGAGAAGUGACUGGGAAGAGUGUCCCCUUAUCAUUUGCUUUUGUUCAGCAGUGUGCCAUUUAUCAUUA